UUUUUUUUUAUUUUGUUUUUUUUGGUGGUCUCUUCGGCAGCAGCUGUUCUUCCCCAGGAGCAGCAGCAGCAGCGGCGGCAGCAGCAGCACAGGCAAUGACUCUGCCGCAUCCGAAUCGCCUGGCCGGUGGCGCCGACUCCGGAGACAUCACCUUGCUCUGAAGUUGCCUACCUGGAGGAGGUAAAUCGGAGCGGGGCUUUCGUCCAGAGGGGUCGGCAACGGUGGGGAAGAGGAGGGAGCGAUCGCCUCCCCCAUCCCCACACACUCUCGUCCUCCGGGAGGAAGCUCGUGUAGCAGAAGAACACGGCAAAAAAGGAAAGACUUUACUUCUUUCUAUUUUUUUUUUUCUUAAUUUUUCCUUGCUUGAGGGACGUCCGUGCUUCUCGUCCGGCCCCCUUUUCCUCCUGGCUGGGGGCUUUGGUACUGUGGCCAGGUCUGCUUCCUACUCCCACCCCUGGUUUUAAUGGCUGGAUUGUGGCAGCAGCUCCCUGCUGCAGGUUGUUGAGGAUCUGAUGGGGACUCGAAUCUCAGGAGCCGGAGGUGACUAAAGAAAUGUUGAAUACAGUGCUCUGCAAAAAAAUAACGUGUGGAUUUCUCGCACCUGAAGAACAAGAAAAGGUCUCAGACUCUGGAUACUGGUUGUGGGAUAUUUUUUUAUUAUUAUUAUUUUUGAUCGGGUUUUUUUCCCCUUUUUGGAUGUGAAUUGAAGGCCAACAACCAUUGAAGUGUUGGAAGCACGUGCAGGAGGACGCUCACCUUUUUAUUUGAGCCCUUGUUUGCUGGGAUACUUUCAAGCUCUUCUUCACAGUCAUGUGGUCAUCACAGCUGCUGUUCUUCACAAUGCUCUUAACACCGUUUGCCCAUGCUUUCAGCCGUGCCCCAGUGCCCAUGGCUGUGGUCCGAAGGGAGCUGUCCUGUGAGAGUUACCCCAUUGAGCUGCGCUGCCCAGGAACAGAUGUUAUCAUGAUCGAAAGUGCCAACUACGGCAGGACUGAUGAUAAAAUCUGUGACUCUGAUCCUGCUCAGAUGGAGAAUAUCCGCUGUUAUCUGCCAGAUGCCUAUAAGAUUAUGACUCAAAGGUGCAGUAAUCGGACCCAGUGUGCAGUUGUUGCCGGCCCUGAUGUGUUUCCAGACCCAUGCCCUGGGACGUACAAGUACCUGGAAGUGCAGUAUGAGUGUGUCCCUUACAUUUUUCUUUGCCCUGGACUGCUGAAAGGAGUUUACCAGAGUGAACACUUAUUCGAGUCUGACCACCAGUCGGGCGCCUGGUGCAAGGACCCUCUGCAGGCCUCUGACAAGAUCUACUACAUGCCCUGGACGCCGUACCGGACAGACACACUGACAGAAUACUCCUCCAAGGACGACUUCAUCGCUGGGAGGCCGACCACGACCUACAAGCUCCCGCACCGGGUGGACGGCACGGGGUUCGUGGUGUACGACGGGGCUUUGUUCUUCAACAAGGAGCGGACCAGGAACAUCGUCAAGUUUGACUUGCGGACCAGGAUAAAGAGCGGGGAGGCAAUCAUAGCCAAUGCCAACUACCACGACACCUCUCCCUACCGCUGGGGAGGCAAGUCCGACAUAGACCUGGCCGUGGAUGAGAACGGGCUCUGGGUAAUCUAUGCAACAGAACAAAAUAAUGGCAAAAUAGUCAUUAGCCAGUUGAACCCUUACACAUUAAGGAUCGAAGGGACGUGGGAUACUGCCUAUGACAAGAGGUCAGCUUCUAAUGCCUUCAUGAUCUGUGGGAUUUUAUAUGUGGUGAAGUCUGUGUACGAAGAUGACGACAACGAAGCCACAGGGAAUAAAAUAGACUACAUAUAUAACACUGACCAAAGCAAGGAUAGCAUGGUGGAUGUGCCCUUUCCAAAUUCCUACCAGUACAUUGCUGCUGUGGAUUAUAAUCCCCGGGACAACCUCCUGUAUGUAUGGAACAACUAUCAUGUUGUAAAAUACUCCUUGGAUUUUGGCCCACUGGACAGCAGAGCAGGGCAGGCUCACCAUGGGCAGGUUUCCUACAUUGCCCCACCGAUCCACCUGGAUUCGGAUCUGGACAGACCGCCAUCCAAGGGAGUAUCAACAUCAGGGGCUCUGGGCCCGGGGAGCACCACUGCCAGCACCACGCCGCGUGUGGCCACCAGCACCACCGGCCGCACCACCACCACAUCGGCCUCGGGCAGGAGGAACAGGAGCACCAGCACGCCGUCCCCCAUGGCCGACGUCCUCAACGAAAUGACCACGCACCUGCCACCCGCCUCCUCCCAGCUGCCACCGGCCGGGGCAGAGAGCUGCGACCCCAUGGAAGCCCGCGACAUUAUGUGGUCCCGGACUCGGCAGGGCCAGCUGGCAAAGCAGCCGUGUCCUUUGGGCUCCAUAGGUGUUGCCACUUUCCGGUGUCUUGCUCCUGAUGGUAUCUGGGAACCCCAAGGACCUGAUCUUAGCAACUGCUCUUCACCCUGGAUCAACCACAUCACUCAAAAGAUGAGGUCGGGGGAGAUGGCUGCCAACAUCGCGCGGGAGCUGGCAGAGCACACCAGGAACCACCUGUAUGCCGGCGACAUCGCCUACUCCGUGUCUGCCAUGGUCCAGCUUGUCAACCUGCUGGACGUGCAGCUUCGGAACCUGACUCCCGGCGGGAAGGACAGCGCUGCCCGCAGCUUAAAUAAGCUUCAGAAAAGGGAGCGCUCUUGCAGGGCCUAUGUCCAGGCCAUGGUGGAGACGGUGAACAACCUCCUGCAGCCUCAGGCUCUGAACGCGUGGAGGGACCUGAAUGCGAGCGAGCAGCAGCGUGCAGCCACCAAGUUGCUGGACACAGUGGAGGACAGUGCCUUCGUGCUGGCUGACAACCUGCUGAAGACAGACAUUGUCCGGGAGAACACUGACAACAUCCAGCUGGAAGUUGCGAGACUAAGCACAGAUGGGAAUCUGGAAGAUCUGAAGUUUCCCCAGAACAUGGGCCAUGGGAGCACCAUUCAGCUGUCAGCAAAUACCUUGAAGCAAAAUGGUCGAAAUGGUGAGAUCAGGGUGGCUUUUGUGCUAUACAACAACCUGGGCACCUAUCUCUCCACGGAGAAUGCCAGCAUGAAGUUGGGAACAGAAGCAAUGUCAACCAAUCACUCUGUCAUUGUCAACUCUCCUGUCAUCACGGCAGCAAUAAAUAAAGAGUUCAGCAAUAAGGUUUACCUGGCUGAUCCUGUGGUGUUCACUGUCAAGCACAUCAAGCAGUCAGAAGAAAAUUUUAACCCAAACUGUUCAUUCUGGAGCUACACGAAGCGUACAAUGACAGGGUAUUGGUCCACCCAGGGUUGUCGCCUCCUGACAACUAACAAGACACACACCUCGUGCUCCUGCAACCACCUCACCAACUUUGCAGUCCUGAUGGCACAUGUGGAAGUUAAGCACAGUGAUGCAGUCCAUGACCUGCUCCUGGACUUCAUCACAUGGGUUGGCAUCCUGCUUUCACUGGUCUGCCUCCUGAUCUGCAUCUUCACCUUCUGCUUCUUCCGUGGGCUGCAGAGCGACCGCAACACGAUUCACAAGAACUUGUGCAUCAGCCUCUUCGUGGCAGAGCUCCUCUUCCUCAUCGGCAUCAACCGGACUGACCAGCCGAUUGCCUGUGCCGUCUUUGCUGCCCUCCUGCACUUCUUCUUCCUGGCAGCUUUCACUUGGAUGUUCCUGGAGGGGGUGCAGCUCUACAUCAUGCUGGUGGAGGUUUUUGAGAGCGAGCACUCCCGGAGGAAGUAUUUCUAUUUGGUGGGGUAUGGCAUGCCUGCGCUGAUUGUGGCCGUGUCGGCGGCAGUGGACUACCGGAGCUACGGCACGGACAAAGUAUGUUGGCUCCGACUUGACACCUACUUCAUUUGGAGCUUUAUAGGACCGGCAACCUUGAUAAUUAUGCUUAAUGUCAUCUUCCUUGGGAUUGCUCUCUAUAAAAUGUUUCAUCAUACUGCCAUACUGAAACCUGAAUCUGGAUGUCUUGACAAUAUCAACUAUGAGGAUAACAGACCCUUCAUCAAGUCCUGGGUUAUAGGUGCAAUAGCCCUACUCUGCCUAUUAGGACUGACCUGGGCAUUCGGACUCAUGUAUAUUAAUGAGAGCACAGUCAUCAUGGCGUAUCUCUUCACCAUAUUCAAUUCUCUGCAGGGAAUGUUUAUAUUCAUUUUCCAUUGUGUCCUCCAGAAAAAGGUACGUAAAGAGUACGGAAAAUGCCUGCGCACACAUUGCUGUAGUGGGAAAAGUACAGAGAGUUCUAUCGGCUCCGGAAAAACAUCGGGGUCAAGGACACCUGGAAGAUAUUCCACAGGUUCACAGAGCCGGAUUCGUAGGAUGUGGAAUGACACAGUUCGAAAGCAGUCCGAGUCUUCCUUUAUUACUGGAGAUAUAAACAGUUCAGCUUCACUCAACAGAGGAGCCAUGGCUAAUCAUCUUAUAACCAAUGCUCUGCUUCGUCCUCAUGGCACUAACAACCCUUAUAAUACAUUGCUCGGGGAAUCGGCGGUCUAUAACAACCCUUCUGUCAGCAUGUACAACGCACAAGAGGGGCUUCUGAACAAUGCCAGGGAUACAAGUGUCACGGAUACUCUACCACUGAAUGGUAAUCACGGCAACAGCUACAGCAUCGCCAGCGGCGAGUACCUCAGCAACUGCGUGCAAAUCCUUGACCGUGGGUACAACCACACGGAGAACGCCCUCGAGAAAAAGAUCCUGAAGGAACUCACCUCCAACUACAUCCCUUCCUACCUGAACAACCAUGAGCGCUCCAGCGAGCAGAGCCGCAACUUGAUGAACAAACUCGUCAACAGCGUGGGCGGCGGGAGCGAGGAUGAUGCCAUUGUGCUGGAUGAUGCCACCUCCUUCACCCAUGAGGAGAGCCUGGGCCUGGAGCUCAUCCACGAGGAGUCGGACGCCCCGCUGCUGCCUCCCCGGGUGUACUCAGCGGACAACCACCAGCCCCACCUCUACAGUCGGCGUCGCAUCCCGCAAGACAACAGCGAGAGCUUUUUCCCUUUGCUGACCAAUGAGCACACGGACGACCUGCAGUCGCCCAACAGGGAUUCUCUCUACACCAGUAUGCCCGCACUGGCUGGCAUGCCCAUGACAGAAAGCGUCACUGCCAGCACCCAGACCGAUCCUCCACCAGCAAAAAGCGGCGGUGGCGAUGCCGAUGAUGUUUACUACAAAAGCAUGCCCAAUCUUGGCUCCAGGAAUCACGUACAUCAGCUACACACUUACUACCAGCUAGGUCGAGGCAGCAGCGACGGUUUUAUAGUCCCGCCAAACAAAGAGGGAACCUCUCCAGAUGGCAAUGCAAAAGGACCCGCUCACUUGGUCACUAGUCUAUAGAAGAUUCAGCAAAAAUUAAGCAAAGAGACAACUAAAAGCCUCUCCGUAACACUCGGUUUACCGUUCUGAGUUAAUCCAAACAGUGGUAAUAUUAUGUGUACUCCUAAAUCUUCAUGCUGUUCAAAAGGAAAUUCUCAGACUUUUUUUACUGGAAUUUUUAGGCCAGCCCGGAGAGGACAGUAACUGCUGUACCCCCCUUAUCUUCCCAUCCUUCUUCCCUCCAGACAGACUUCAUUAUGUUAAUGAAAGAGAUAGAUAACGGCACACUUCGUGGCCUUCUCAAGUUAUGCCGUGUUUGUUUAAACAAUCCUUGAUGCUGUGUUGCUCUUAAUACCAAGGACCUGAUUUAAGAGGGAAAAAAUAAUAAUAAAAGGCCAGAAAUGUGCAUUUGAAACUAGUAGCGAUGACACAUCUAGGUGGGAGCGCUGCGUAAACCAAGCUAGCAAAACUCUUUCUUACCAAUCCAGAUCACACCAUGGGUUAUGGUCACUCACAACUUGGUUUCACUGCAGCACCCUUUGCUGCAGGAGUAAACAAAACGUAAACAAAUUUAAUGACACAGAAGGGAAUCCUAGAAUCCUGUGCUAAAGGCAUAUUUUACAUUUUGCUGUAUUAACGGAUGAUAAAAACUAAUGGCAGAAAGAGAAGCAAACAGUUUCUAUGUAAUGUACAGAUACUAGCAUUGCACAUAUAGUCUGCUUUCUGUUCCUCCAGAACUUGCGUCCCUGUUAAUGUAGUGGAAAAAAAAAUAAGAACUUUUUUCUGUUGUGCUGGUCUUGUAAGUUUGUCUACCAGUAGGAGCAAGGUUUUUCAUAAUUCUUUCUUUUUCUUUUUUUUUUUUUAAAUUUUGUUUUGCCUUUUCCACUGCUCCUUCCCUCUGUCCCCUUCUCCUCCCAGCAGAAAAACUCACUGGGCAAAAAAAAACCCUCAAACAUCACUUUCUAAGGACCAUUUUUAGUAACACCAUUACCAUUUCUUUUCAGCCAGGGCAGUCUUUUAAUUUCCUCGCUGUAUAACCUUUUUCAGCCGGCAUGUUGCCAGCAGAUCUUUUGGCAGACUAGAGCAGGGCAAACUUCCUCAUUGUCAGUGCACAACCAGUCAAUCAUGAUGAUAAUCCUGUGAAGCAUCUCUGGCCAAUAGCCCCUCAGCCAAGCCCUCAUCUAGGGACUGAGAGGAGGUUUUGUAGUCAUAGUGGGGGUUCUACAGGAGACGGCCAUUUCCCUGGAGGAGCAAAGGGCCUUCUCGGCUCAGUCUGGUCCCCGGUUUAGGCACUUGUACUGCAGUGGUUAAGAAGAAAAUAGAUUGAAGCGUAGUGAGCUAAAAAGUACUUUGCAGUGAUUUUUAAUUAAAAAAAAAGUCCUCUGUUCAUUAUUUUUCCUAACAGGAAAUUUAUUUAUUUGACAGGAUUUUUAAGUAACAUAGGCUUUCUGGAGGUAAAUUAGCAGCACGGAGUAUGAAUUCUUCUUCUUUUUCUCAUUUUUUUUUUUUUUUUAAUUUAUGAUCCAUUUUGUACGGUCUCGGCAGUUGAAUGACCUCAUUACUAAUAUUUGUUGUAAAAGUGAAGCUUGUUUGCCAACCAAUAAACAACUGAUCACGAUUUAGAAGAUAUUGUAUGUAUGUACUGUACAAUUAAUCUCUCUUUUUUUGUCAUUGUUGUUCCUCUCUCCAUUAAUGUCAUCAGUAUGAGUCUUCACUCCUUUGCAGCAUGGGUGAGCAAUGCCGAAGAAAGGAGGCCUAAAUUGAGAAAUUUAAGCACAAAGGUUAUGCAGCUGUGGCUGACUAGAAAAAUCAGGCUGGUGGUACUUGUUCAGGUGCAAGAACAACACUGGUUGACAUUUGUUGCAGGUGAUUCUAGGUCUGUUUUGUGCCUACUGUAUAAAGUAGCUGAUGACACACAGAUGAUUUGAGUAUAGUGUUUCAUGUGUCAUAUCUUUUAAUCAUUGUAAUAUUUUUCUUUUCUUAAUUUUCUUAUUUUCUUUUUUUUUUUUUUUUAAUUUGGGUUUUCUGAGAUUAAAAACUGCUGGUAGCAUGUCAAAGAGUAAAACAAGUCCCUGUUAGGCCUU